UGCGGCCUUAACCCAAGGCAUUGGACUGUAAAAAUGUCACCUUCGGCAUGACCGUCAUUACUUAUUUAGGGCCGGUAGAUCGAGAGGCGACUUCGCUAUCGAGAAUGAUUUGGCUGCUGGUGCAGAGUGGUGUGCUGUUAUUGCUUUGUUCCAUGAGCUGCUGUAUGCCUGCCAGCCACCAGGGCCACUUUCCCAAGCUGGAGAAUAUCGGGGCCUAUAAAACCGUCACCACUGUACCAUCCAAAUCCACUUGCGGCAUUCCGGAGAGAAGCGCUUUCUGUCAGCCAAGCCCAGUCAGAGAGGGUCUCCUAACCUGCUCCCAGCAGUUCUGUGUGCAGGAGUGCCUGUAUCGUUCUUCAACACCGCCCUACAUAAACCUUUUCGCGACAGGCCUGGGCUCAUGUGUGACAGAGGACCCCAACAGCCUGCGGCCAGGGUCCCCACUUGGCUCAGUCAGCCUCAUCUUUUGGAACCAAAGCAACUGUUUCACUUCUCCUCAUGCCCAGAACCUGGGUCUAAUGGGGUCGUUCACUUUAGCCAUGUGGCUGAAACCUGAGCAAGAAACUGUAAUGACCAUAAUUGAAAAGAGCACAGAGGGACGGAUGGGGUUUAUCCUGACAAUUUCACAGGACGCAGUCCAGAUUCAGUAUAAUCACAACAAUACUCUGUUAGUCAACCUCACCAUGAGGACAAAGGGACGUAUUGCUGUGGGCCAGUGGACCCAUGUGGCGUUACAGGUGCAUGAUACGAGCAUCAGUCUCUUCCUGAAUGGCCUGGAGGAAGACAACACAGCGUUUGACACACAGUUUCUGCCAGGACCAAUCAAAGAUCUCAUCACCGAUGCAGCCAUGAGGAUAGGACAGACAUUUAAUGGGCUCAAUCAGUUCAUUGGAAGGAUGCAGGAUUUCAGAUUUUAUCCAGUGACACUUACUAACAGAGAAAUAGUGGAGGUGUAUUCAGGCCAAAUGCCACACCUUCACACCCAGGCAGAAUGCCGUUGUCCCCCCAGCCAUCCAAGAGUGCACCCCCUAGUGGAGCGCUACUGCAUCCCCAACCAUGCUGAGGAUACCACCAACAACCGUGUCCUGCGGCUCCGCCCAGAUGCCCACCCCCUCCACUACAUCAAUGACAAUGACAUUGGUACCUGCUGGGUGUCAUCAGUCUUCUCCAGCCUGGACCAGCUGGACCAGGGUAUCACCAUUAGCUUUGACCUGCAGAAUGGAGAGUACCAGGUUUUCUAUGUCAUCCUACAGUUCCUGAGCCCGCAGCCUGAAGCGGUGCGGAUUCAAAGACGGACGAGCCGUGGCUCUGACUGGCUAGACUGGCAGUACUUCGCCAGGAACUGCAGCAUCUUUGGGAUGGAGAACAAUGGGCUGUUAGAGCGGCCGGACUCUGUCAACUGCCUUCAGUUUCCCAGUGAAGCUCCAUUCUCACGUGGGAAUGUGACAUUCAGCCUGUUGACUCCAGAGCCUAACUUGCGGCCGGGAUACAAUGACUUCUACAACACACCAGCCCUGCAAAACUUUGUGAAGGCCGCCCAGGUGAGGAUCCACCUCAUGGGCCAGUACCACACCAGAGAACCCCAUGUGCACUUCCGCCAUAGGUACUAUGGUGUGGACGAAAUCACCAUCAGUGGCAGGUGUAAUUGUCAUGGCCAUGCAGACCACUGCGACACAAGCCGCCAGCCCUAUCGCUGCUUCUGCCUUCCAGAGAGCCACACACAGGGAGAUAAUUGCGACCACUGUGAACCCCUGUUCAACGACAAACCCUUCAGAGCAGGAGACCAGCUGCAGGCGUACAGCUGCCGGCCAUGCCAGUGUCAUGGCCACGCCUCUUCCUGCCACUAUGAACAUGCUCUGGAUCCCUACCCUGGGGAGCACUUCCGUGGUGGGGGUGGGAUCUGUGACAGCUGUCAGCAUAACACCACAGGAAGAAACUGUGAAUUGUGCCAGAAUUCCUUCUUUCGAGAAGUCAACGCUGACCUGUGGAAGGAGGAUGUGUGCAAACCCUGCACCUGCCAUGAGUCAGGAACCAUCAGUGGUAGUCAGGAUUGUAAUCCAAUCGGAGGGCAGUGUAAGUGCAAACGACACGUGUCUGGCCAACAGUGUAAUCAGUGCCAACAUGGAUUCUACAAUCUGCAGCCCUCGAACCCGGAUGGCUGCCGUGCCUGCAACUGCAAUACCGCUGGGACGGUACAGGCAGAUAUUACCUGUCAGCAGGACUCAGGUCAAUGCCGGUGCAAGGCAAACGUAAUCGGCCUCAUCUGUGACCACUGCAACUUUGGCUUCAAGUUCCUUGACAGCUCCAACCCUGAGGGAUGCACGGCCUGCAAUUGCAACAUCCACGGCUCCCUCCACCAGUUCUGUGACCCCUUUAUAGGGCAAUGCCAAUGCAAGGACCAUGUGCACGGGCUCCUGUGUGACACCUGCAUGCCAAACUUCUAUGGUCUGACUUCCAUGGGCUCCUGCUGGCCAUGCAGCUGUGACCCUGCUGGCUCUCUUGUAGGGAGCACAUGCAAUCCCACCACAGGCCAGUGCAUGUGUAAGUCAGGGGUCGAGGGCCAGCGCUGCAAUGUCUGCCGAGAGGGGUUCUACGGCCUAGCGUGGGGAAACCCUCAGGGCUGUUUGCCCUGCCUGUGCGACCCAAGAGGCACAGUUACUGGGCCUGAUUCCUGCGAUACAACCACAGGUCGGUGUCGCUGCAAGGCCGGAGUGGAGGGAUUGCACUGUUCCCACUGCGCCCCAAACUUCUUCAACCUCAGUGCUGGAUAUGGGUCGGCAGGCUGCAAACUUUGCCCCUGUGACCCCACUGGAAUCAUAUCAGGUACAACCUGUGACAUGGUCACUGGCCAGUGUGUGUGCUUACCAUCCCGGGAUGGACGAGACUGUGCUGUCUGCAGACCAGGCUUCUUCCGGCCAGCGUCUGGGGCUAACGGAUGCGAGCCAUGUGAAUGUCACCCAGUAGGUGCCUUGAGCCAAACCUGCGAUCCAGAGACGGGGCAGUGUGACUGCAGCCACCCCUCAGUGGCUGGUCGCAGGUGUGACCACUGUCAGGAGCUGCACUUCGGGUUCAAUCACAGCCUUGGCAGGUGCAAAACGUGCAACUGUGAUCCUGCGGGUAGUGUCAGCGCCUCUUGCCAUCCUGGGUCUGGGCGGUGCCAGUGCAAGACGUUUGUGGAAGGGGACAAGUGUGACACCUGUACCCAGGGGGCCAGCUACCUGAAUGCCAGCAACCACCUGGGCUGCAGCAAAGCUCCCUCCCAGCAGCCACCCCCUACGGGCCUUGUCUUGAACUCCAGUGCAAUCCGACUUACCUGGGACCCCCCAGACUCGCCGAACACUAACCUACUGGAGUACAUUCUGGUGCGGGAUUCGUUGGAUGUUUUCCACAUUCAGAGCCACUACCCAUUUGGUAUGCAUGCCUUUGAAGACACCGACCUCUCUCCAUACACACUGUACACCUACCACUUAGUGACAAGCAACAUACAUGGGAAGACAAGUAGCGCAGCAGUCAGCUACCGUACCCUGGCGAGCAUCCCUUCACAGGAGGAGCUUCAGCUGCAUGUUAUUGGCCGGGUGGGCCCCACCAGUGCCACCUUUAACUGGACGUCUCCUCAGCAGGCUCAUGGGCCACUAGUGGGCUUUGUGCUGACCUCCAUCACUGCCGAAGGCCAAGAGGAACAGAUCCAUUAUUCUGGACUGGGGACAGAAGCAGCAGCUGACAAGCUCACCCCUUUCACUCGUUACAGCUUUACUCUGCAGGCCUGCACCAAUGGUGGCUGUGGCCGAAGUGCCCCGCUCGCCAUCACAACCUCACAAGCAGCCCCACGGAUGCAAGCAGCACCCCGGGUCCGCACAGGAGGGCCCACAGUCCUCCAUGUGGACUGGGAUCCUCCAGCACAACCGAAUGGUGUUAUAAUCAGGUAUGAACUUUUCAUGCAUGGGCCAGUGGAGCCUGGGGAUAAUGGCAAUGGGUCUGCCCCUGAGCGCCGGGUUUUCCACAGCACCGGAUGGCUCAGUCCUCACUCAACUGCAGGUUUGGCCAAUGAGAACACCCCAGUUGCGCCCCAGAGUACUGCCUCUGUGUCAGGCCUGGAACCCUUUUCCUCCUAUCAGUUCAGGGUGCUUUCAGUCAACAUGGCCGGCAGCACACUUUCUGACUGGACAACUGGGAGAACUCAUGAGGCGGAACCACAGCGCAUGUCUCCCCCACGGGUGUCUGCCCUGUCUUCCUCCUCCUUGCAUGUCACUUGGGAGACUCCCAGCGACAAAGAUGCCCGUGGCACUGUGACUAUGUACAGGGUCAACUUGCAAGAGGAGAACGCCUCCAAUCAGUAUGCCCCAUCCAUUAUCUCCACGGUUCUCCACAGGGCCUCCCCUGAAGAGCGAACGUAUACUGUCGAGGGUCUUCAGGCUUACCAAGUGUACAAUUUCACAGUGGAACUGUGCAACAGACUGGGCUGUGUGGCCAGUCCAUCAGUAGCAGCCCAGACACUGUCCGCAGCUCCAGCUGGCUUAAGUUCUCCUAAAUUAAAAGCACUGAACAUGACAGUGAUGGAAGUGUCCUGGGAGCCUCCACGAGAGCCCAAUGGCCCCCCACCCCUCUAUCAGGUGGAGCGGAUGGACCCCUCGCUUUCUAACCCUCACUCGCUCGUUGUCCGGGGGAUUCGCUUUCCAGGGCACAGCUACUUUCUGUUCCCUAGUUCCACCCUUCCAGCCAACACCUACUUCACAGGCAUCCAGCUCAGUUUCCGGACGAAAGAGGAGGCAGGGCUUAUCCUGUGUGCUAUUGCCCCUGGCGACCAGGAGGAGUAUGUCGCCUUGCAGAUCCAGAAUGGCCGACUUUUCUUCCUUUUUGAUCCACAGGCCUCUGCCGUGGCUGUCAGUCCAGAGAACGAUGGAGGGAAGCGCUAUGAUGACAACCAGUGGCACCAUGUGAUAGCUACCAGGAGGCACGCCGUGGGAACGAUCAUUGUGGACAAUCAAUACCAAGGAUCUUCCUCAGCUACAAGUGGCAACACUGUUAUAGGAGAGAACACAGGGAUCUUCAUUGGUGGGCUCCCUGAGAAUUUUACUCUGCUCAGAAAUGAUACAGGGAAUGCCAGGCUGGUGCAACGGGGCUUCUGUGGCUGCCUGAAAGAUCUGCUGGUGAAGAGGAGUGAUAGCCCCACUGAGGUGUGGGAGCCUUUGGACUGGGAUGCAGCACAGGAAAGCAUUGAGGCCUACCAUAGCUGGGAGGGCUGCCCUGCACUCACGGAGGAAGGGGCACACUUUCUAGGACAAGGAUUCCUGCAGCUUCAACCUUCUGUGUUCUCCGGAGGAGAGAAUUUUGAGAUUUCCUUUGAAUUCAAAUCCGACCAGCUGAAUGCUCUGUUGUUGUUUGCAUAUGACACAGAGGGGGAUGACUAUGUCUUGGCCAAACUACAAGGUGGGACACUCUCGUGGACGCUGCGGUGGGCUGGAGGUGAGGCCCAGGUGAAUCUCUGGGUUGGCCUGUCCUACUGCAAUGGCGGCUGGAAUAGCGUCUCCCUGCUCAAGCAGGGAGCCUUGGUUGCUGCCACCAUGAAUGGGCUGUCUGAGCAGCUGCCCGGAGGGGAUAGUGGGGAGCUUGUGGUGAGCUCUCCUCUGUACCUCGGAGGUGUUCCUGACAGGUUGGAAAGCACAGUCCCCCGUCGCUUUGGCCUUUUGCAGGGUUUUGGGGGCUGUGUAAGGGGUGUCCGACUUGCUCGGGGGCCUGCCAUGAGUCUGGCCGCCAUGUUCAGUCAUGCCGUCAGAGUCAAUCUGGAUGGGUGCCUGUCAACUAGCACGGCUGUUCACUGUCGGGGAAACGACUCCGUCCUGGUGUACACUGGUAAUGACAGGCGGAUCGAGGAUGGCAGAGUGCAGCCCUUCACAGAGUACCUGUACAGAGUGCUGGCAUCUGGAGAGGGAGGCUGGACCUCAGGACCCUGGGCACGAGGCCGCAGUAGAGAGGAGGCUCCACAAAGUGUGCUGAUUCCCACCAGAGUUGUGUGUGUAAAUGGUUACAGCGCCGAGGUGAGCUGGGACGAGCCCGUCGGGGUCAGGGGUGUAAUUGAGAAGUACAUCGUGAAAGCGUACAAUCGAGACGAUCCCUCAGUGGCCCCAAUCAGUGCCGUCUUCUUGCACGCUGAGCAAGUGACCGGCAGUUUGAGUGGGCUGGCCCCCUUCACAAACUACAGCAUCACCCUAACAGCAUGUACUCGGACCGGUUGCACGGAGAGCCAUGACGGCAGGGACAUCACCACGCCACAAGAGGCUCCUGAUGAGGUGACUCCCCCCUAUGCAGUUUCAUACCCAAACUCUCUGUCUGUGUACUGGCAUGCUCCUCAAAGGCCCAAUGGGAUCAUCACACAGUACCUCCUUUACAAGGACAACGACCUCGUCUACACAGGCAAUGAUAUGGUAUUCAACAUCACAGGUCUAGAGGUGCACAGUCCUCACUGGCUGCUGCUAACUGCCUGCACAUCUAUUGGCUGCUCCAACAGCUCUCAGGUUCUUCUGUUCACUGCCCAGAUGCCCCCAACUCACGUGGAGCCUCCAGCCCUAACUGUGCUGGACUCUCGCAGCAUCUACGUACAGUGGUCGGCACCACUGGAGGUGAAUGGGGUGUUGGAGUUCUACACCCUGUAUCUGGCUGCCCAUGGAGAGGAGCCCAUCGCAGUCUACAACAGCUCGGAGCUCUUUCAGGACCACACCCUGCGCAACCUUAUCCCCGGCUCUACCUAUUUCAUCCAGAUAGCUGCUUGUACAGGUGGAGGUUGCACGUGCAGCUCUCCCAGUGUGGCUCGUACUGAGGAGAGCACCCCUGAAGAGGUCUCUGCCCCAACCAUCACUCCCCUUACCCCCAACUCCUUCAACAUCUCCUGGGCUCCCCCUCUCAAGCCCAACGGGGCAAUCACCAGUUACAGCCUGUGGAUGAACGGAGCCUUGGUGCAGAACUCCACAUCCCAGUACUUCUGGGUGGGUGACCUGUCACCCUGGAGCCUCCACAGCUUCCGUGUGCAGGCCUGCACUGCCCGGGGCUGUGCCCUAGGGCCCCUGAUGGAUGCACGGACCCUGGAGGCAGCCCCCGUAGGGACUGUGACCCUGGACAUCCGCAACGAAGGCCCACGGUCAGUGAGGGCCAAGUGGCAGGGUCCAUCCAGGCCAAAUGGGAACCUGAUGUACAGCCUGCUCUUCCAUGGGGCUUUCUAUAAACAUUCAGGUAACUCUGUUGCUAUCGCUAGCACACGAGCCUUGCACACAAGCGCAGAAGCCAGUCGAUGGGUGACCAUUGGGGGCUUGGUCCCCUUCUCCAACUACACUGUGUGGGUGAAUGCCUGCAAUAGUGAGGGCUGUGUGGCGAGUCCCCCUUCUGCCAUCACGCUGCCCCCUGGGGCUCCAGAUGGUGUGAUGCCCCCCAGGCUGGCAGCUGCCACCCCCUCCAGCUUGCGGGUCGUAUGGUCCACACCCGCACGCACUAAUGGCCCGGGGCCACCCCUCUACCAGCUGAAGAUGAAGAUGGUGGAUGAGCCCCACAUACAGCUACUGCUGGAGAAUGAGAGUACUACCUUCAGCUACACAGCCGAGAGCCUGCGGCCGUACACAGAGUACCAGUUUCAGCUCGUCGUGUCUCACAGCCAUGGGAGAACAGCGAGCGAAUGGACCAGUUUUUUCACCGCACAGGACCGACCUGGACCUAUCAGUUUCCUAAGAGCAUCCAGCAUCCAGCCCAGAAGUGCCACCAUCAUGUGGCAGCCCCCUUCUCAGACCAACGGGAUCAUCACCCAUUACAAUGUCUACCAGAACUCUCAGCUGAGAGCCCGUGUGCCUGGCAACAGCACCACAUACACUUUCUCCCAUUUAGAACCUUAUCUGGAGUACACCUUUGAGGUGGAAGGCUGCACUGAGGCAGGCUGCACCCUGUCAUCCACGUCCCAGACCCUUCGCACACCACCAGCCCCACCAGAGGACAUUCCUGCACCUCAGCUUUAUUCAGACACCCCUACCUCGGUAUUGCUGUCCUGGGAGCGGCCACAGCGGCCCAAUGGAGAGCUGCAGCGCUAUGUGGUGGAGCGCAGAGUUAGUGGCAGCCAACAGGUUUCCACUGUGGCCAGUCUGCAGCCUAACCAGCCCCUCAAUUACUUGGAUAGCUCAGCUGCACUCAGCCCCUGGACCAGCUAUGACUAUCGUGUUGUGGCCACCACCUUGCUGGGAGGUUCCAACAGUAGCGCUUGGCGGCAGGUUACUACCAGGCCCUCCCGGCCAGCCGGCCUGCAGCCACCACACGUGCAAGUCCUGGGACCGAGCUCUAUUCAGGUUAUAUGGAAUGCCCCGCUGAUUUCCAACGGUAAAAUUGAGCGAUAUGAGAUUCGUCUGCCCGAGCCUUAUAUCUCGCUCACCAACACGUCGAAGCUGAACUACACCAUCGCUGACCUAGUCCCCUACACGAACUACAGUGUGUCCAUUGUGGCCUGCUCUGGGGGCAAUGGCCAUGUAGGGGGGUGCACUGAAAGCCUGCCCACCCAAGUGACUACGCUACCCACAGUUCCGCAGGGCUUGGGGCAGCUGACUGUUGUUGCUGUCAGUGAAUCUUUCCUGGCUGUGUCCUGGCCACCACCUCAGAGGACAAAUGGACCCAAUGUGAGAUACGAGCUGCUGAGACGGAAAACCCGCCAGCCCCUGGCCUCCGAGCCCCCCGAAGAUUUGGAUCUGUGGUACAAUGUUUACGCAGGAGCCAAAUUGUUUCAUGAAGAUAAAGGCCUUAGCAGGUUCACCACAUACCAGUACAAGCUGCUGGUGCACAAUGACGUCGCCUCAACAGCAACAGAGCCAGUGGAGGCCACUACGCUAGCGGGAGUGCCCCUUGCAGCCAGUAUCAUCUCAGCCUGGGCCCUCAACCACACUGCCGUGCAGGUCAACUGGUCCACACCCUCUCUGCAAGACUUACAAGGGGCAGUGGAGCUGUAUACACUCUGGGUCAACUCUUCGCGGCUCAACCGAGCCAUCUCUUUCCCCCCCGGGAUCAACUCCACUGUGAUAGGAGACCUGCAGCCCAGCACGCAGUACCAGCUCACAGUUCUGGUCUUCAAUGGGGCCCACAUUGUGACCAGUGAGGCUGCCAUUUUCAACACAUCUGAUGGAGAACCUGAGGGGGUAUUGUCUCCCGAAGUGGUAACCAUCAACAGCACUGCCGUCCGGGUGUUUUGGACAGCCCCUUUGGUACCAAAUGGGGUGGUAACUGAUUACUCCAUCUACCUGGAUGGCCAGCGCCACAGGACAGGCAGAAGUACACCUGGGUAUUUGGAGUUGGGGGGCCUGCUGCCCUUCACCGUCUAUGAGAUCAAGGUUGAGGUGUGCACUGUGUAUGCCUGUACACAGAGCAACAUCACCAAGGUGACCACUGUGGAGGACCGACCAACUCAUCUGGCUGCACCAUAUGCCCAUGUGGUCAGCUCACAGUCUGUUCAAGUAGACUGGUCAAAGCCUGGCCAGCCCAAUGGCAUCCUGCUCGGAUACAACGUGCGGCGCAGGGUCCUACUGCCCUGCAAAGAGGGGCAGAGUCAAGCCUUUGGGGCAGGACCCCAUUGCUCUUACCUGGAGUGCUCUGCUGAAGAGAGUGUCUGUGGGCUCUCCUGCUUCCAACCAGCGACUGAGGUGUGUUGCGCAGGUACUGUCUACAGGAUUGAGCUUGGUCACCAAUGCUGUGAGAAUCAUUACCUUCAGCCCGGCAACACAUCACUUAGCGUAUGCUGUGGUGGGCUCUUCCUGGCCCUGCUCCCAGAACACCAGUGCUGUGGGGGCUUCUACAGGCCAGUCCGUCCAGGUGAGGUGUGCUGUCCCACUGCCGAUGGUCUAUUUGUGUCUGUGGGACUCGGAGACUCAUGCUGUGGUGGGAGGCCAUUCUCCUCCUCCAGUGGGCAGAUUUGCUGCAGGGGAGAGGUCCAUGAUGGCUUUGACUCACAAUGCUGUGGGGGCCAGGUGCUGAGCCUCCACAUGGUCUGCUGUGGUGAUGGAGACAGUGGCACUGCAUACACACCCACCCAAGGUAUGGUGUGUUGCGGGGAACUCUAUGUGAAUGCAUCCAACACAUUGUGCUGUGGGGGUAACGAUGGACCAGCGCAAGACCACCCCAUAGGGAAUGGGACAGCAGCGACCAAGUGCUGUGCAUCAGAAGCCAUCGCACAGGAAGAGGCCUGCUGCAGUGGUGUUGGUUACAACCCGCUAACACAUGUGUGCGCAGACAGGCCCUCACCUGGCCUCCACAUUGAGGAAGGCUGCCAGCCUGGCAUCCUGUGUCCAAUCUCUGCAGCCAAUAAGGCAUACUGCGGUACCUGUGACUUCAAUCCAGCUGUAUCGUCCUGCACCCUGGUGUCAGGCGUACCUCGUGCUGACCCUCCACCCGCAGCCUCAGCAGCAGCGCACCCAACUGGACAAAACAACUUCUGCCCCUCCGUUGAGGAGGUUAUCUACACCGGAGAUGCAAACACAUACACUUUCACAGACACAGGCCUCAAACCCUUCACCCGGUAUGAGUACAGGGUGGGUACUUGGAACAGCUUUGGGUGGGGCUAUAGCCCCUUCAGCAGCGUCACUACUAAAGAGGAUGUUCCCCUGGGGGUGAGCCCACUUCGUUGGAGCCUCGUGGGAGAGCGGAAUGAUGUCAUCCAGCUGGACUGGAAAGUCCCAACAAAGCCUAAUGGUGAGAUCAAUCGCUAUGUGGUCUUGCGGAAUGGCCAGGAACGCUACAGGGGCACCGAGCUCAGCUUCACAGACAUGGGGAUCCAACCUUUCCAGGAAUAUGAGUACCAGCUGAGAGUCUGCACUGCUGCAGGCUGCACAGAUAGUGCCAAGGUAGUGGCAGCAACAGUCCUGGGAGUUCCGGAAAGCAUCCCAGCACCCAGCAUACAUGCCCUGGGACCACAAGCUCUGCAGCUGAGCUGGUCCGCACCGGGCAAGCCCAAUGGCGUCAUCCGCGAGUACCACCUCCACCAGAUUGGCACCGGACUCAUCUUCGCUGACAGCACAGGAGCCAUGCAGCAUAUUGUCACAGGUCUGCAGCCCUACACCAGCUACAGCUUCCUGCUCUCCGCCUGCACGGCAGUGGGCUGCAGAGAGAGUGAGCCGUCUACGGGCCGCACGCUGCAGGAUGCUCCCGCAGGCGUAUGGGCCCAACCUCGUCAUCUAGCCCUGAAUUCCUCUGCGCUGGAGCUCUAUUGGAGCACUCCACUAAAGCCCAAUGGAUUAGUGUUUCGGUACCAGCUGCUGAGGGACGGCAUGGGCGUGUUCUCUGCUGAUGGUGGGAUGCUAAGCUAUGUGGAUACUGCCCUGCAACCGGGAAGCAGGUACUUGUACCAACUGGAGGCCACAACCGAGGGGGGCAGCAGUCUCAGUGGCACAUAUGUCAUUCACACCCCAGCCUCAUCCCCAGAGAGGAUCCCUGCACCGUAUAAUGUCACCGUUACCAGUCCCCGCUCCGUCUUUGUCGCCUGGACACGUCCUGAAGUGUUCAAUGCAAGUGUUCCUCUGGAGUACAACAUUCUACUGAACCCAGGAAGUGAGCAAGCGCUGAUUCAUACAGCCAGAGAGAACCAGUCCCUGAUGCUGGAGAACCUUGAGCCGUUCACUCAGUACGAGAUCCGAGUGCAGGCCUGUCAGCAUGGUGGGUGUGGUGUUGGUGAACCUGUAUAUGUUCAGACAUCUGAAGCCCCACCAGAGGAGCUGGACCCCCCAGUGGUUACUGCCACUGGGCCCACUGUCAUAGAGGUGCGCUGGAGACCCCCACGCAAGCCCAACGGCCUCAUACGUGCUUACUAUAUACACAGGCGGCCCCUGGGUACUGAGAGGGAGCUGCUGAUCUUCAUCUGGUCUGAGGGGCCUCUUGAGUUCACUGAUGCAUCCAGUAGCCUGCAGCCCUUCAGUGAAUAUGAGUACUGCUUGAAAGCUCUCAACAACGAAGGCUCAACCUACAGCCAAUGGGCCUCAGCUCUCACCAUGGAGGCAGAGCCUGAAGGCAUGGCCACACCCACUGCCAGGGCCAGCGGCGCCUACUCUGUACUGCUGAACUGGACUCAGCCCGAACUCCCUAAUGGUGUCAUUACAAAGUACAGGGUGAUCUACCAGAAACAUGUGAGCGACCCCACCCUCAAUGCCUCUUCUGCCAUUGCACUUACUAUGCAGGGCAGCAAGCAGGAGGCACGCAUCUUUGGCCUGGAGCCUUACACCACCUACAGCCUGCGUAUGGAAGCUGUCAAUAUGGCCGGCAGCACAUACAGCCCCUGGGCAGUGGUGCGCACCCUGGAGGCCCCACCCACCGGCCUGGCCAACUUCACCGUGGAGAAGCGAGAGCAUGGCCGCGCACUGCUGUUGCGCUGGCCCGAACCAGCCACGCCGAACGGGGUCAUCAAGGUGUAUAAAAUCUACAAUGAGGGCAAUCUGGAGUUCAGCGGACUGUCACGUCAGUUCCUGUUCCGGCGCCUGGAGCCCUACACGGUCUACACCCUGGUUCUGGAGGCUUGUACGGAGGCGGGCUGCACCAGGACCACCCCACAGGCUGUCAUCACGGAGGAGGCCCCACCUUCCUCCCAGCCUGCCCCAGUAGCCUGGCAUGUGGGAGCAAGUAGUGUGGAGUUGCACUGGUCUCCACCCACCCAGACCAAUGGCAGGAUAACCCAGUACCAGGUGAUCAGCUUGGCUCAGGGGGUGGAUGGCAUUGAGCAUGAAAGUACCCUUUUCACAGAAAAUAGAAUACAAGCAAGCAGUUUCUCCCACAACAUCACUGGUUUACACCCGUGGACUAGAUACAAGUUCCGGAUACGAGUCUGGAACACAGCGGGUUAUGCUGACAGUGCCUGGACAGCGGUGCAUACCCGGCAAGCACCCCCAAAAGGCCUUGCACCUCCCACGGUUACCCAUGUUCAGGGCAACCCUUAUGCAGUGCUGGUGUCAUGGAAGCCCCCAGAGGAGCCCAAUGGAGUUAUUCUUUCAUAUCGGAUCCAACGAAACAGUUUCGGCUUCCACUUUAGUUUUGACUCCAGUGUGUUCAACUACACUGAUGAGGAUCUGGCUGCAUACACUCCCUACAGCUACGCAGUCAUUGCCUGUACCAUGGAGGGCUGUGUCACAAGCCCACUGCAGGAGAUCAUAACAUUGGAGGCACCCCCUGUUGCAGUGGCACCACCAACAGUGACUGAGGUCUCCUCAACCUACGUCAACGUUUCCUGGACUGUGCCACCUAUCCAGAAUGGAGUGAUCACAGGCUACUCUCUAAAGCUUAAUGGUGAAGAGAUCUACAGUGGGAAAGAACCACAAGCGUCAGUCUCGGGUCUGCAGCCACACAAGUACUACCAGCUGAUCCUGGUUGCCUGCACGAAUGGUGGCUGCAUGGAGAGUCUGCCCACAUCUGUCCACACAAGUGAAGCCCCACCUACAGGCAUGGGUGCCCCUGUCCUGAAAGUGACAGGCUCCGAAUCUGUGGAGGUGUUGUGGACAGAGCCUGAGCACCCCAAUGGAGCUAUCAUGGGCUACGAGCUGCGGAGGGAUGGCCUGCUCAUCUACGCUGGCACCGACACCAGGUUCCACGACUUCACCCUGCUGCCAAAUGUGGAGUAUAGCUACACUGUGACUGCCAGCAACAGUCAGGGAAGCAUCAGUAGCUCAGUGGCCAGAGCCAGGACCAGUCCCUCAGCACCUUCUGGGGUGCCCCCCCCAAGACUACAGCCAUCCAGCUCUGCGGACAUCCUCGUGACCUGGGACCCCCCUGUCCGUGCCAAUGGGGAAAUCUGCAACUACACAAUCUUCACGCGGGAUGCGGCCGAGCCCACCCUCAAGAGCUUUACCUUCCCCUCGGAGCACAGUGCCUUCUUCAGUCGUUCCUUCUUCCUCUCAGGCCUGAAGCCAUAUUACAGAUAUGAUGUGAGACUGGAGGCCUGCACUCUGCUGGGCUGUGCUUCCAGCGACUGGGCCACAGCGCAGACCCUGGAGGCACCCCCCACUGGCCAGAGUGCACCGGUGCUGCAGCUCCAGAUGGGCAUGGAUGGAACAGAGAACACCUUCCUGAUCUCCUGGUCUCCACCGGCGCACCCCAAUGGAAAGAUCCAGCACUUUGAGCUGUACAGGAGGCACAUCCUGGACAACACCACACCUGUAGGGGCUAUGCUAGUGUACAAGAACAUCUCAACAUCCUACCAGGAUAACAAGCUUCUUCCAUACUCUCCAUACGAGUAUCAGGUGUGGGCAGUAAAUUCAGUGGGCCGCUCUGCCAGCCCCUGGGCCUGGGGAAGGACAGGUCCGGCACCGCCCGAGGACGUGCCCCCCCCCACCUUCCAGCUCAUCCGUGCCACAUCAGCAGUGGUGGACAUCAGCCCCCCAACCAAGCCCAAUGGACUCAUCAGCCUGUACAGGGUGUUUGCUGAGAGCAAAGGCACAAACCUUCUGCUGUCUGAAGGAACCUCCCGCCAGCAGACUCUCUACGGCCUGCACCCCUUCACGCUCUACUCAGUGAGGGUUGAGGCCUGUACUUGCUUUCUGUGCUGCACCCGUGGUCCCCCCAGGGAGUUACUCACCCAGCCAGCUCCCCCAGCCCAGCAGCCCCCGGCCCGCAUCGCUGUGCUGACUUCACGCUCAGCCCUGACCGAGUGGGACCAACCGCUCUCGCCUAAUGGCAUCAUCGAGAGCUGUGAGCUCCACAUACACACUGCCUGUCCACAGACUCCCCAGCCCAUAGCUACCACCUGCACCCCCGGACCAGAUGAGACAUGCUUUUUUGGUAAAGAGCGGAGCUUCAACAUUACAGGCUUGGAGCCGUACACUGCAUAUAAGCUUCGUGUGGCCUGUUACAACAACAUGGGCAGCGCCGCCUCCGAGUGGACUCCCUUUGCUACGCUGAAAGAACUCCCCCAGUACAGAGCUCCGUUUCUAGUGCAGAGUAACCUGACCACGAUGUUCCUGGAGUGGAGCCACUCGUUUGCCCUCAACGGGGAGCUACGGGACUUUGUUCUCACAGAGAAUGGGUUGCGCAUCUACAGUGGCUUUCACACCUCUAUAUCUAUCCCCCGCACAUCCGACAAAACCUUUGUCUUCCAAGUCACCUGCAGCACCGACAUGGGGAGCGCCACCACGCCUCUCAUCACGUACAACACAGCGACUGGCAUUGGACCGGUGGACCCCACGGCCGUGGGGAAGACCGGUGCGCAGGAGUCCAGGACCAUGUUCUACACAGAGCUGUGGUUCAUCGUGUUCAUGGCCGUGCUGGGCCUCUUCCUGCUCGCUCUCCUGCUGGGACUCAUCCUGCAGAGGGCACUCAAGAAGCGGCCCUUUGUGCGAGAGCGCCCCCCGCUGCUACCCCUGCAGAAGAGGAACUCCAUGGGGGUGUGCCCACCUCCCGACUCCUACACGAGCCCUUGUUCAGCCAACCGCUCUAGUGUGAAUUCUGCAAUCCCGAGGCCCAGCGGCAGCACCUCCGCAGCGGGCCUGACAGACAUCAAGAUGGUGGACAGCAGCUCACGCACCACACCUGUACUCCGUGUCACUAAUCAGAGCCCACUGAGCCACGCCUACUCCCAGAAUUCUCUGCGCAGUAGUAUCAGCCGGCUCAUCGGCACCCACGACAAGAAGUCCCUGCUGGAGGAUGGGCCAUGGGAGCCUAGGAGCGUGCAGGGCUAUGACAGCGGCAUGUGUGUGGAGGACGAGGAGCCGGUGGACACGAUGAAGGGUUUCAGUACCGUGAGGAAGGAGCAUACCACAUUCACAGACACACACUUGUAGCUUCAUGCUGGGAGAGGUGAGCUGAAACACCCCUCCUGUACCACACCGGAGUCCUACCCAUCAUGCCCUGCAAAGCCCCCCCACACUCUGCUGAUUUGUGGACUCGCUGAAAGCUCGUAAAACAAAACGACACCUUUAAGAGCAUUAAAGCAUCAAAUUAUUCCUGUAAGCUUUACAGGUGAUGGGAACAUUAUUUAUGAAGUGAUUUUUUUUAAUGACAAGGAGAAAAACAUCACUUAACCAUCUGUGUGGAAGUGGAAAGGGGCUUUUAGAGCCCAGGAAAGUGACCUCACCAUGGCAUCAGAUGUGGUGGGCGGACAGUGUUUACACUGAUGACUGUAGUGAAACACUGAGGAAGAAAACUGGAACAACUCCAAAUUAAAAGGCUACUCAUUUUCUGCUUUUAGGACCAGCCUUACAAAUGACCUGUGAUAUGAAAAUAAGGCGAUACCACAGUUUCCUAUUGAUGACGGAUAACAUACUGUGCAGUGCGCUGUUUUAUGCUCUUUCACCCGUGCUGCAGCCCUCUGUUUCCACUUAAA